GCGCAUUCUCCCCUAACGCAGCAGCCAUGGUUCUCAAGACUGAACUUUGCCGAUUCAGUGGUGCAAAGAUCUACCCAGGAAGAGGAAUCAGAUUUAUUCGUGGUGAUUCUCAGGUUUUCCUGUUUGUUAACUCAAAAUGCAAAAGGUAUUUCCACAACCGUUUGAAGCCUUCGAAGCUUACCUGGACUGCCAUGUUCAGGAAGCAACAUAAAAAGGACGCUGCUCAAGAAGCUGUGAAGAAGAGGCGUCGUGCUACCAAAAAGCCAUACUCUAGGUCCAUUGUUGGUGCUACUUUGGAAGUCAUUCAGAAGAAAAGAACUGAGAAGCCUGAAGUUCGUGAUGCCGCUAGGGAAGCUGCUCUUCGUGAAAUUAAGGAGAGAAUCAAGAAAACUAAGGAUGAGAAGAAAGCCAAGAAAGCAGAAGUAGCAUCUAAGGCACAAAAAUCUCAAGGCAAAGGAAAUGUUCAGAAGGGUGCUUUGCCCAAAGGUCCUAAAAUGGGUGGCGGCGGUGGGAAACGCUGAGCGUUCCAUUUUUGGUUACAUUUAAAUAUAUUUCUUUUGAAACUUCUGUAUCCGUAUAUUUGAUUUGCUUGAUUAGUCUUUUUUUGUUACGUUUUAUCAAACUUGUUUUUGGAGCUUCCAAGAGAAACCAGUGAUCGAUUUUGCUAGUUAUGUUAUUUUUUGGUGC